UAUGGGGGUGCAAAAGAAAAAGAUUCCAGGUCAGGGAGAAUGUAUAAAUGCCCUUAGCCAUUGGGUCUGCUAGGAUUAGAAACAAAGCAACCCCAAGUACACAGUUCUAAGAGCUCUGUCUUGGUCCCCAGAUACUUAUUGAAUCGGGGACAUCCCCUGGAACACUUUGCCAAAAAUCCCGAAAGAGACCUGCAAAGCAGCGGUGAGGAGCCUUUGAUCCCUGCGCUGUGCCACUCCAGCAUGUGCACUGGGGGCUGUGCCAGGUGCCUGGGGGGCACCCUCAUUCCCCUGGCUGUGUUUGGAGUCCUGGCAAAUAUCCUGUUGUUCUUCCCCGGAGGAAAAGUAAUCGAUGACAACAGCCACCUUUCUGACGAGGUCUGGUAUUUCGGAGGAAUAGGAAGCGGCAUCUUGAUGAUCUUCCCCGUGCUGGUGUUCUUGGGCCUGAAGAACAAUGAUUGCUGUGGAUGCUGUGGCAACGCGGGCUGUGGGAAGCGAUUUGCGAUGUUCACCUCCACGUUGUUUGCUGUGAUUGGAUUCGUGGGUGCUGGAUACUCAUUUGUGGUCUCAGCCAUUUCCAUCAACAAGGGUCCUAAAUGCCUCCUGGCCAAUAGCACGUGGGACUACCCCUUCCACAGUGGGGAUUAUCUCAGUGACCAAGCCUUGUGGAGCAAGUGCGAACAGCCUCCAGAUGUGGUUCCCUGGAAUCUGACCCUCUUCUCCAUCCUUCUGGUCACUGGAGGGAUCCAGAUGGUUCUCUGUGCCAUACAGGUGAUCAACGGUCUCCUGGGAACCCUCUGUGGAGACUGCCAAUGCUGUGGCUGCUGUGGGGGGGAUGGACCAGUAUAAUCAUCUGCAAAUGAGCUCCUUCACCUCUAUAGCAGGCAGUAGGACACGCCUGAGACCCAGCCUUUUCGCAUGGGUUGCUAGUUCCUGUCUACUUCAUCUCUGGUGAAGCGUGGGAGCAGGAGGGAUCUUUUCCUUGUUCCAGACAACUUGGAUCAAGCUAUAAAUUUAUUUCCAAAUUAAAAAAUAGUCGGGCAACUUUGUAAAUUUGACGUAUAUGUACACCUUUCAAGUGAGCUCCACUGUAGAAUUUAGGAAUAAGUUCAAAGCAAAUUUUUCAUGAUUUUCCCCUAAACAUGUAAAAUAGAUGGUCAUCUGUCCUGCCACACCACUUCGUUGUAUACAGAAAUGAUCAUAUCUUAGGAAGCUUUGCAUAAUUCAGAAGGGGAAGGAAUAUUAAAAUGGAAAAUGAGUUUUUCAGUAUUUAUGGAUAAAGAAAAGAGUGACUAAUGUGUCAUAAUUCUUAUGUGAUGCCUGUUUUGGCUAACUUAUCUGGGUUACUUGUGCCAGGGUUCCCGCAUGUAUAUUAAAUUAAAUUAAUUAAAUUCACAAUUAAAAUAAUAAAAA